AUGGUUUUGAUUAAUGGGGUUAAAUAUGCCUGUGAAAGGUGUAUUAGAGGUCAUAGAGUUACUACUUGUACUCAUACUGAUCAACCCUUAACAAUGAUUAAACCAAAAGGUAGACCGGCAACUCAAUGUCAACAUUGUAGAGAAAAUAGAAAACAUAAAAAUUUACAUGUUAGUUGUACUUGUGGUAAAAAAGGUAAACCUCCAAGUGUUCAUUCUUCAUCAUGCGCUUGUUCAAAAACCAAUCAUUGUACUUGUUCAUCAAAUAAUCUGAAAAAAACUGGUAAUGGUAAAAGUGAUAUACGUCAUAUGUCAGCUUCUGAAAAAGCAAAAAAGAAAUCAUUAAUAGAUGCUGCUAAUGCUGAUAUAAGGAAAAGAUCAGAACUGGUCCAAUCAAAUAGUGAUUCAUCACCAGGUAGUACUACAUCAGGUUUACCCCAACAACAACAAGAACAACACCUUACUUUUAAUAAUAUUCAAGAUCAAAAUUAUGUUAUAGAGGAUGUUCUAAUACCCUUUGAUACUAAUAAUGGUUUAUUUGAUUUAUUCCCUUCGAGUACUCAAUCUGAAACAACAGAUUCUGUUCAUGAUUUUAAACAAGAAGAUUUACAAAGUAAUAAUACAAAUACAAAUACAAAUACAACAAAUCCUGGUAUUCAUACUAGUCUUAAAAAUGACUCACAUUUAAGUCCUGGAGAAAUUGAAGUUGUUGAUCAUAUGUUUCCACUUUUCCCGUUAGUUGGUACUCAAAGUUUUCAAAAUGAAAAUCAACCACUACUGCCUUUUUCAAAUAAUCAAAAAGUUGUACCAGAACAACCCAAACCUGUUAGACCUACUGUUAAUGCAACUAGGAUGUCAUCGAGUUCAGCCUCAUUAUUUAAUGAUCAUCAUAAUCAACAACAACAUCAACAACAACAACCAAAACCAAAAAGACCAGAAAGUGUAUUAUCAAUAACUUCAAACUCAUCUACAAGAUCUUUUGAUUUUAUGGGUACUGGGUUUCAAAAUAUUAAUUCAUAUUCGAAUGGAAAUUUACCAGCAUCUUCAAAUUCAGCCGCAUUCCCUCCAAGUAAUACAUUUGAUGAAAUGCAAAAUAAUUCAGGGAAUGUUUCAGAUGAUGGAUCAAUGCAUCUUCAUUUUGGAAGAACAGGUUUAGGCUCACAAAAAUUUGGUUCACAAUUGAGUAAAAUUGAAUCUGAAAUGUAUACUGAAAAUUUCUUUGAUGAUCAACUCGCAAAUAAUCAACAACAACAACAACAACAACAUCAACAACAUCAACAACAACAACAACAACAACAACAACAACCUCCAUCAUUAUCUACAUCAUCAUCAAUACCCAAUUUUUAUGAAACAAAUACUUACCAGCAAAAUCAAAAACAAUCAUCAACUUCAGAUUUAACUUAUACUUCAAUUAAUGAUGGUAAUUUAAAAUUUAAUGAAUCAACAUCAGAUUUAAAUUUUGAUAAUAGAGGAUCAACAACGCCUUUUGAUUAUGAUUUACCAUAUCACGAUUUAUUCGUACCGUUUAUACCAACAAAUCAUAAAGAAAAUGGGGAAAUACAAAAAUAG